CACGGCAAAUGUCAUUCGGGCACUGGCACUGUUUCUCCUGUGAUUCUAUUACUGGUCAAUUUGCACUCGCCCAUACCCACAACUUGACUCACUCUUCUAUAAAGAAACAGGACUCGACGCCAUUCUUUUGCUGUAGUUUCUGUUCUAUGAAGAUGAGAAACACUGCAACUUUACCCUUCUUCUUCUUCUUGUUUUUGGGCUACUUCAUCAACCCAUCCCUUUCAACUUAUGAUGGUCCAUUAUACGAUUCCUCGGCCUACACAGAGUGCAAACAGCAUCCAGAGGAGGCAUUAUACAGUGGAGGAAUACUAGGGGGUAAAGUCCCAGAAUCCCGACAGAUGAUAGGGCUCAAUGGAAAGGGAGUUUAUACGCCAACAUUUCUGCUGCAAGACCUAACCCCGGGCACAAUUUAUUGUUUUUCCAGUUGGGUCAGAAUAGAAAAUGCAGAUUCUGCUCUCUUAACGGCUAGCCUCAUGAGUGAAAAGGGGGAACCAGAUUGUGUAGGGACUGUUGUUGCUAAGCAAGGAUGCUGGUCUUUUAUCAAGGGUGGAUUUGUUUUGACUUCACCAUCAAACUUAUCUCUACUGUACUUUCAGAAUUCAGGCACAGCAGAAAUCAAUAUAGAGAUUGCAAGUGCUUCUUUGCAGCCAUUUACUCAGCAGCAAUGGAGUUUAAAUCAACAAACCAAAAUCAACAUGGAAAGAAAGCGCGCAGUAACUAUCCAUGUAUCAGACAAACAAGGUGUUAGGCUACAGGAUGCAGCGGUAACAAUUGAGCAGAUUUCGAGAGAUUUCCCAUUGGGAUCUGCAAUAGCCAAGUAUAUCAUUGGAAAUUUGCCCUAUCAGGACUGGUUCAGUAAGCGGUUUAAUGUAGCUGUGUUUGAGAAUGAGCUGAAGUGGUACACAACAGAACCUGAUCCCGGAAAGUUGAAUUACACCUUAGCAGACCAGAUGCUGAACUUUGUUAGAGAAAACCAGAUUAUGGUCAGAGGCCACAAUAUUUUCUGGGAGGAUCCGAAAUACACACCAAAAUGGGUUCUGAACCUGACAGGUCCAGAGCUGAAAUCAGCAGUCCAGUCAAGAAUUCAAAGCCUUAUGAGCAGAUACAGAGGUGAGUUUAUCCAUUGGGAUGUCAGCAACGAAAUGCUGCAUUUUGAUUUGUACGAGCAGAAGCUUGGACCCGACGCCACCUUAGAAUUCUUCAAGACAGCACACGAAGCAGACCCGCUGGCAACCUUGUUCAUGAAUGAUUUCAAUGUGGUGGAAACAUGUUCUGAUCCAAAGUCCACUGUCGACACAUACAUCUCCAAGAUGAAGGAACUGAAACAAGGCGGAAUAUCAAUGGAUGGAAUUGGCCUGGAGGGCCAUUUCUCAGCUCCCAACCCUCCUCUGAUAAGAGCAAUUCUUGAUAAACUGGCCACACUGGGACUUCCCAUUUGGCUCACAGAAAUCGACAUUAACAAGAAAUACGGCCAAGAAACACAGGCAAUCUAUCUGGAAACAGUUCUGAGAGAGGGGUUUUCACAUCCUGCAGUGAGUGGGAUAAUGCUGUGGACAGCCAUAAGUCCAAAAGGAUGCUUUCAAAUGUGCCUUACUGAUAAUAACUUGAAUAAUCUACCAGCUGGGGAUGUUGUGGACAAUCUGCUAAAGGAGUGGCAAACCCAAACCUUGGAAGGAGGAACAGACGAGCAUGGUUCUUACAGUUUCAUGGGAUUCCUAGGUGAAUACAAAGUGAGCGUGGAGUACGGUAACAGGACUGCAACUUCAACUUUCUCGCUUAACCGCGGUGAUGAGACACGACAUUUUAGGAUUCAAGUCUAAUUUUUUUAAGUAUGAAUAUGAUCGACGCAGAUAUAUCAACUGUACUGUUGCGCAUUAUAUUGUGCACAAACUACUCCGUAGUAGUUAAGGAAUCAACAGACGACUUAUAACUUACAAACAAACUCAUCACAUCAGAAUAUCAGAUAUGACAUCACUUCAUUCAAA